CUUUGCAUUGGUAGUUGAUUGAUCCCGUAGGAUCUCAUCUUUAUCUGAAAAGUGUCAAUCUCUUUUGCCUCUUUUGAAACCCCUUUAGUUUUCUUCUUUUGAUGCCUGCCUUCAAGGUUUCUUUCUCUCUCCUUCUGGUUGUAGAAUAAUGGCUCUUUUCCGCUGCUUUCUGCACCUAGUCUUCUUCACAAUCAGUGCUUCCAAGAUCCCAUUCCUAUGGUUCCUCUGUCCCGGGCAGGAGGGUCAAAGCAGAAGAAGCGAGAUGCAGUGCUUCCGGUUCGCGAGCUGGGAGAAGGAGCGGGAGAAGGAGGAGCUGCAGGGGCCUGCACAGUCUCAGUCGGCACGUUCCAACAGCAGCAUCUCCACGGACCAUGACGUGCGGCGGUCGGGCUCAGAGUGCUGCUCGCUCACCGUCUCGUCCGAGAUCAGCGUCGAGUCGUUCGGCCGGUACCGGCAGCUAUCGCUGCCGCAGCGGCCCAACAAUGACCUCCGCAUCUUCACCUUCCAGGAGCUCAAGAGCGCCACCAGGAGCUUCAGCCGCGCACUCAUGAUUGGCGAGGGCGGUUUUGGCUGCGUCUACCGCGGCACCAUCCGGAGCGCCCUCGAGCCGCGCCGGAGCCUCGAUGUCGCCAUCAAGCAGCUUGGACGCAAAGGCCUCCAGGGGCAUAAGGAAUGGGUGACCGAGGUGAACUUUCUUGGGGUGGUGGAUCAUCCCAACCUGGUGAAGCUCAUCGGCUACUGUGCAGAAGACGACGAGAGGGGGAUUCAGCUGCUGCUCGUCUACGAGUUCAUGCCUCACGGAAGCCUGGCUGAUCACCUGUCAACAAGAUCACAGAAGGCCGUUUCAUGGGCAAUGAGGCUGAGAGUAGCACUCGACACUGCUCGUGGUCUCAAGUACCUGCACGAAGAUUCCGAAUUCAAGAUAAUAUUCCGUGAUCUGAAGCCUUCAAACAUCCUGCUCGACGAGAACUGGAACGCAAAACUGUCGGACUUCGGCUUGGCUAGACUGGGGCCGCAAGAGGGAAGCCAUGUUUCAACAGCGGUGGUGGGUACUAUAGGGUACGCAGCUCCUGAGUAUAUCCAUACGGGACGCCUCAGCAGUAAGAAUGACAUAUGGAGCUAUGGAGUAGUUCUCUACGAACUCCUCACAGGCCGGCGGCCCCUGGACCGGAACAGGCCGAGGGGUGAACAGAACCUUGUGGAAUGGGUGAAGCCCUACUCCUCUGACACCAAGAAGUUUGAGACCAUAAUGGAUCCAAGGCUCGAAGGGAACUACAGCCUGAAGUCGGCAGCCAAGAUUGCCUCGCUAGCAAACAAGUGCCUGGUACGCAAUGCAAGGUAUAGACCUAAGAUGAGCGAGGUGCUGGAGAUGGUGCAGAAGAUUGUCGAUAGCAGUGACCUUGGAACACCAGAGCAUCCCCUGAUAAGCCAUUCGAAAGAAUUGGCUAGUGAUGAGAAAAAAAAGAAAGGCCUUGAUCUGAAGAGGAGGAUUGCUGAUAUUAAAGCUGGAGAUGGUAGAUGGUUUACAUGGCACAAGUGGACACCCAAGCUUGUGAGAACACAAUGACACAAAAUAUGGAUGAGAUGUUCCUCUUCAUGACUUUAACAUCCAGAAACAGCAGCGGCUGAAAUGCCACUUGGGUUUGCUGUUUACCAUACAAAUCAGAGAACGUGAUAACUAAAAACAAACGAUUUGGCAGCCCUACUGCUAUCAUCACUAAAUAAUAUCUAUGCCUGGAUUUGUGGGGUUAAACACAUGCAGUGUCCGCUAUCCACAUAGUUGGGCAUUACAUGUUUGCAUAAGAGCUGGAAAAUCAAAACUGAAGCAGUCCUUUUUGGAGUAGAAAUCUUGGGUGUACAGCUUAACAUGGAUUUUGCGUUUUUGCUGACUAAAUCUUGAGUUCUUUCUAGUGCCAAAUUAGAAUUUUAAGGAGGUGCAUGUAGCUCAUUGGUUCCUGUGUUUGCAAGAUUUGCACCCUGUUUGCAUCUCUCUGCAGAACUUAAUUGUUUUUCUUCACUGACACAGCAGAUAUGCAAAGUUCCCUUUUCAGUACUA